GUUGCUAGCAUGGUCUCGAAGACUUGCAGUCUCCUUUCUGAUGUAGGCAAUGCAAAGUGGAAAUAGUCUAGUUCGUGACGUGAUGCAGUCGGAAGCUGGUGAAUCUGCAUUCAUGAUUCACUGUGUAAAGGAUUUAAGGUUUGGGGGAUGUGAACGUUAGCUCUAAAUAGGGGCGUGUGUAAUUGGGAGCUGAGGUUUCAGGGGGUAUGCGAACUCUGUUUUAUAGCAUGAAGAUUUUCAUAUGAGUGUUAGUUUCUUGUGGUGUUGCCUCAUGACUGAUUGCUGAAGGUCGUGGUGUUGCUUGCAAAUUACAAGUGAUGGUGUGGUCUUCAAAAGAGUCAGUCACCUGCCCAGUGAUAAUUGGAAGCGCUAAUUAGUUGCUAGUUUGAUCAUACAUAAUUUGGAAGUUUUAAGGUCCUCCCAAACUAUGCAGUCUCCCAAUUGCUUGAGGUUCAGUUUUGGGUAUCGAGUAUCUGGGGUAUCGAUUUCUGCGGCGCAUUUAGUCAGGACUACCACUGGUCUGGUCGGAAUCAAUACCGCACCGCAAAUAUUACGGGUCUGGAAAAUCCACCAGGAGCACAUUGUUGUUUGCCUCACGUAGAAAAUCUGCUGGACGCUCGUAGUCCCAUGGCCGCCCAAGUAUUUUUCAAUGGCAGUUUGCUGGGAGGCAUUAGUUGCACUUCAACACCCAGUUCACUUUCUGUGCCUCGAUCUUCGCUGACACUACCUGUGCCAACUUCCUUGCGCAAGAGUCUUUACUCUAUGGUAAGCUGGAAGGAUUUGCUUUCUAGGCACCGUUCUUUUAAGAGGGGUAUGAGGUCAAGCGCUUUAGCUGAUUCAGACUUUUCAGUGAAGAAAGAUGAGAUGCAAACGCAAAGUAUGUUUCCAGCUGCAAGACGUGGCAAGGAGAAUGCGGUUUCUACGACCACUGUGAACGCUACAAGUGUACUUCCGGAACGCAAAAUCAUUCAUGAGACAGCGGUAGUUCAUCCGGACGCCUUCAUAGGUGAGGGUGUUGUCAUCAGCGCAUUUUGUACAGUGGGACCUGGUGUUUCAAUAGGAAAUGGCUGCAAGUUACAUCCUAGUAGUCACGUCUGUGGGAACACGGAACUUGGCGAAGGCUGUGAAAUCAUGAAUGGUGCAGUGGUUGGUUCAGAUUUACCUGGGCGCACAGUUAUUGGCAACCAUAACACUAUUGGUUAUCAUGCUGUUGUUGGGGUGAAGGCUCAGGACUUAAAAUAUAAGGAGGGAGAUGAAUGUUUUCUUCACAUUGGUAACAAUAAUGAUAUCCGGGAGUACGUUAGCAUACAUAGGUCCUCUAAACCAAACGAUUGUACGGUCAUAGGCGAUCAUAAUCUGUUCAUGGCUACUUCUCAUGUUGCACACGAUUGCAAGUUGGGGAAUCACAAUAUACUAGCCAAUGGCACCCUCGUCGGAGGCCAUGUCAUAAUUGGGGACUACAUACACACUGGUGGGGCGGUUGGAAUACAUCAAUUUUGUCACAUUGAUUCUUACUCUUUUCUCGCCGCUGGUGCCAUGGUUACUAGGGACGUCCCCAUGUACAUUAUGGUCUCAGGGAAUCGUGCCGAAUUGAGGGGAUUGAAUUUAGAGGGCAUGCGGCGCCUCGGAUUUUCUGAUUUGGAGAUUAAAAGUAUUCGACGGGCAUAUCAAAAGCUGUUUAUGAACAGAGAUGUAGGAGCAGGGGGUCUUGAGGAUCGCCUUGCUGACUUGGAAGCUAAUGAGGAUUUGGCAAAUGUUCCAGCUGCUGUGGCCUUGCUCCGGUCUGUGCGCAACUGCUUAGGGGAGAACCGUAGAGGAAUUUGCACGUACAGACUGUGGAAUAGUGGGAGUUGAGAGUUAUAGAAAGAACCUUCUUUAAAUUCAACUGCAUCUUCGACGUGACCUUUUCUAUAGCAAAUAUCAAUACAUGCCUGUCUAAAGUUCACCUGGGCAUUCAAAUAAUGGUUUUACAUUUCAAGGACAGAGAACUUGUGUGGGGCCAGAUAUAAUCACUCCUCACCUGCAAAUGAAGCAGUGGGAGCAAAGUAAUGUCUAUCAAAUAGAGACAGUAGCCUCCAGAAAGGGCCUCUGUAUUACGAGUUCUGAAUUAUGAGUCAGAAUCACAAGUUUUGAAUAGCUGGGUUCGGUCACUCAUCCACCUACACAGAUAGUACGCAUUCAUCUGCUCUUUUUGUGCCAAUCUUUUUCAGAGAUGCUGAAUUUUCAUCUAUAUUACAGUGUGCAUUCCACUCGA